UGCACACUCAACCAUUAGACAGCAGAAGGACUUGGGAAAGAGCUGACACGGGUCACCAAAAGAUCUGAAGAAAUCCAGUUGGCCAGACAAUCGCCAUCCAUCACUGGUGCUGAAGAAUAAAGACACUGUGGUGCUAUUUGGUGGCCUGACACCCAUGAGAAAGAAGACCUAUCAGCUCUAAUCUUCAAAGGAUUUAAUAACUAAGAUCAUUUACCACCUCCAAUAAAAUGAAGGCAUUCAGCAUUGCAGUUGCAGUGACACUCGUGCUCGCCUUUAUUUGCAUUCUGGAGAGCUCUGCCAUCCCAUUCCCUGGGGUGCAAGAGCUAGAGGAGGCAGGGAGCAAUGACACUCCAGUUGCGGCACAUCAAGAGAUGUCAAUGGAAUCGUGGAUGAUGCCGAAUCACAUCAGGCAGAAGCGCCAGAGCCACCUCUCCCUGUGCCGCGUCUGCUGCAACUGCUGCAAGAACAAGGGCUGUGGUUUCUGCUGUAGGUUCUGAAGAUUUCCCGCAACGACCACUAAAUAUUAAUUUAUUACGCUUUUUGUCUUACCCUGAGAAAUUACCUUUUCUUGACCUCUUUCUCCAAAGCAUUGCCUUUGCUAUAAACAUUUUUUUUUGUAUCAUUUCUAAAGAAGUGUGAUUCAUGGAAGAGCACUGGAAAUAGAAGAAGAGCUUUUCUAUGUAUUUAUUUUAUUUGUUUGUAAAGCUUUCACCCUGAAGCCUCUUUUUGUAAACUCAAUGACACAUCAAUCCAGAUGUAAAUGUUUCUUUUCUAAAUUAAGUCUGGAAUAAAUGCUGAACAUUUCAAACACA